AGCAAAGAGACAGAGAGAGAUAGAGAAAGGGGCUUGUGUUUUUUUCCGAAGUGCGUGGGCGACUGGGAGCUGCCUGUGGUGAUAAAUGUCGGCGCUGUCUCUCAAAUAUUAUACUGCAUAUGUGCACCUGCUCACACAUCGACUCAACAAUGCGAAGACAACGUAUAGACAGUCAUUUCUCCAGCUUUGAAUGUUCAAUUAGCUGCAUUAGUUUUGUAGUAAAGGAAAUAAAAAACGACAGCAUAUGACAUCUCACUGGCAAUAAUAUCGGUGCGUACCAAAGUACAGAACAAUGUAGUUGUAUCUAUGCUAUACAAAACUGCAUAAUAUCACCCUGAAGAAGCUAAUUAAUUCGACUCCAAAUUUGUUGAUGACAUUUUCUUCACCCUCAGUGUUGCUGUCAUUGGGUUAAUCGCACGGCGAUCAAUGCACGUGCAAAGCAAUUACAGCAAUUACGCACCAAUUUCCAUUUCGAACAUAUUCCGCGCGGUUAUCAUUUACCUAGCUGACAGCAGUACCGUAAACAGCCGCUUCGACGCUGAACAUAUCAGAUGCGCCCGAAGAGGAUCUCAAGUUCCGCCGAAGCGUCUGUGAAAGCAGUCUUUGUCGUUUCAUGACGUAAUUUGAAGAAACUAAAGGACGCGUACGAGGUUUGAAGGUGUCCACUUUGGAAGUUUGCGCUCUGCCUCUGUGUGAACGUCAGUAUGUGUAUCUGGUGGUGCAAUCGAAGGCAGCGCAACUUCAAGGAGCAGGAGGGGCUCUUCUAUUAUUUGAUCCCGUUAAUUGGCAAUGUAAGUGAACUUUAAGCACCGGACACUAGCCGAGGAGGUCUUGUCGUUCCCGUUGGACUAUAACCUAGACUGCUCGCCACUGUUUGAACUGAGCCUGGAAGAAAAGGCUGCAGCUGUGUCACUUUUUUCCUUCUUUGAAGAGUCUCCGUGCGGUGUGCCACAUUCAACAAGGAGACAGUCUCACCUAAAACAUGACCACCAAAUUGUUCCUCUACUUCUUACUUCUGUCAGUGUUUCGAGCAUGUUCUCCAACAUUUGCUUCUGAUGAUGAUGAGUAUGACGACGUUACUGUGAAUCAAAUGUUGGCCCCCAAAACCCACGAGACAGAUGCAACGCAAAUACUAAACAACUUAUUAAAGGAGUAUGACAAAAAACUGCGCCCGGAUAUUGGAGUUAAACCGACAGUCAUUGAUGUCGACAUCUACGUAAAUAGCAUUGGACCAGUGUCAUCUAUAAAUAUGGAAUACCAGAUUGACAUCAUUUUUGCGCAGACAUGGACAGAUAGCCGGCUCAGAUAUAACAGCACUAUGAAAAUAUUGACUUUAAACAGUAACAUGGUUGGACUCAUUUGGUUACCGGAUACCAUCUUCAGAAAUUCUAAGAGUGCAGAUUCACAUUGGAUUACUACGCCAAAUCAGCUGCUCAGAAUAUGGAAUGAUGGGAAAAUACUUUACACUUUGAGAUUGACUAUUAAUGCAGAGUGCCAGCUUCAGCUUCAUAACUUUCCCAUGGAUGAACACUCCUGCCCCCUCAUCUUUUCCAGCUAUGGAUACCCACGAGAUGAAAUGAUUUACAAGUGGAGGAGGAACUCGGUGCAGGCGGCCGAUCAGAAGUCGUGGAGGCUUUACCAGUUUGACUUCAUGGGCCUGAGGAACACCACUGAUGUUAUCAAGACGACCGCAGGUGACUAUGUGGUGAUGACUGUAUAUUUUGACCUUAGUAGAAGAAUGGGAUACUUCACAAUUCAGACCUAUAUCCCUUGCAUAUUGACUGUGGUUCUUUCCUGGGUCUCCUUCUGGAUAAAAAAGGAUGCAACACCAGCUAGAACAGCACUAGUUUCCUGCUUUAAGUCCAUGUCCUGUCCUGGUAAAUGUCACUGUUGUCAAGGAAUAACAACGGUAUUAACCAUGACUACUCUCAGCACGGUGGCUCGGACAUCGCUGCCCAGGGUCUCAUAUGUCACAGCGAUGGACCUGUUCGUCACUGUCUGCUUCUUGUUUGUUUUCGCGGCUCUCAUGGAGUAUGCCACACUCAAUUAUUACUCCUACAGCGCCCGCAGACCAACCUGCAACAAGACCAAACGAUCGAACUACUCGGUACUGGACGUGGGUCCUCCUCCCACUGUUAUCACUCUCAACAACUCCAUGUACUGGCAGGAGUUUGACGAUGCCUGCGUUUAUGAGUGCCUGGACGGAAAAGACUGCCAGAGUUUCUUCUGCUGCUACGAGGAGUGCAAAGAUGGAGCGUGGCGAAAGGGCCGUGUGCAUAUAGACAUCCUGGAACUCGAUGCAUACUCUCGUGUCUUCUUUCCCACCUCUUUCCUAUUGUUCAAUGUUGUCUACUGGGUAGGCUACUUGUAUCUUUAGCAUUCCCACACACCUCAUGAAGCAACAGACUUGACUUUUGGUUCUGUCAGAGCAGAAACGAAGCAUGGACUAAACCAGGACUUUUCAAGGUAUGUUUUAAAACAAAAGAGCGGAUACUGGUUAUCAAAGUUGAGCUGUGGUGAUUCAAGGACUUCUCCUGUAGAAGACGAAAGUGACAAAUGAGACCACAGAAACCGAAAGCUACAGCAGAUAAAUCAAAACCCUUAAAACCAGGCUGUUUUUAUAUGGUCAGGAUGGAUUUUGCUACAAGCUCUUUAAGUGGUUGCAAUUCUCUGGCAGAGAUCUUUGCCUUUUGUUCUUCAGGUACCAGGGAAAAAAAAGAGAUUCACAAUGUUCCUCUCACACAAUCUCGUCCUUUUUAUGGCUGAGAGAACAACUGUAAGAAGUCAAGGUGCGAAAAAUCCUUAGGCCAAGACAGCGUUAGUUAAAAAAAAUGCCUUGCAUAGCAUGUGACCCCCUGACUUUUGGUGUUUCUUACAAUCCUGGUAGAUCGUUCACUUGAAUGGGAACAUGUCAUCCAGCCAUCAGUCAAAACCAGACCGGCUUUCAUGUAAGCAGAGCUUUCAGAGCCAUCUAUAGUGCCUUCAACUGGAGGAGAAGCCAUCAGGCAGAGAAAUCUUAGAAAUGAUGGCAGGAGCAUCUUCUGGUCUUGACUGAGCGCUGAUGGUUUUCUUUUGGAUUUAUUCAAGUUUUAGUUAUAGUCACCCAUUAUUUUAAUGCAUUUAACAUGUCAGAACCCAUUGUCGCUGCAUGUUACAUAUGAUAGUAUUAAGCUCUACCCUGAAUCAGCACAAUAACAGCGAGAGAGUAGAUCCAUUUUGUAAUAUUUGGAAUUUAAUCGGUAGGUAGAUUGCAAAAGUUUGCAUAUAUUUCUAGAUUUUUAUAGCAUAAUUUUACACACAAAAGAAAGUAAGUUAAGAUCAAAGUAAUAUAUUAUAUAGUAUUUUAUAUUUUAUUUUGAAAUGCAUAUUAUAUCAAUCUAUUGGGUAAAAUGUGCAUGCGUAAAAUGAAUUUUAAGUUCCAUAGACUCUUACCUUUCAGUUCAGCCAGAGUUGGCACAGCUAUCUGUGUCUACACCAAAAACAAAAAUGGCAAAAUCAACACCACCCAAAGCAAAUCAAGGAAAGUAAGUGUCUUUGGAACUUAAAAAUAUAAUUAUUUACAGAUUUUUUUUAUCCUGUCUUGGACUUGUAUCUACAGCCCCAUACUAUGAUAUGGCAAUACAUUUGGCACUUGCAGCUUGGGUCACACUGCAUACAUUGGAUAGUUCAUUUAAAAUGGAGAUUUUAUCAUACUAUAUUCACCAUCAUACUAAACCACACUGAACUGAACUAAACUGAACUUCACUCUGAAAACUGG